AGUUUUCAAGCCAAAAAUGGCGAAGUGCGUGCUCUUUUUUGUUGUUCGGUUUUGAUUUUCUUGUCGAUUAAAGACCGCACAAACUUAUAUAAAACCGAUCUAAAGCAAUUAAAAAAGUAGGUUAAACAAUAAUCAGCAUACAAUCAUUUGUGUAGCUUUUUAUAUAAAAUCAUUCGUGCGUGAGUUGCAGAGAAUUGCCAUUUGAAGUAUCGCUAAUGUGGAAUCAGUGGCCAGUCGCAGCGGUGCCAGCUGCGCCAAUAGCUGCACCGCCGCCACAACCUGCCAUACCGCCUCCACUGCCAGAUGCACCACCGCCGCCGCCACCAUCAGACUCCGCGACUCCUGCCCCCGCUGCCGCAGCUGCUGCCGCACCAUACAUGCCCGCAAGCGGAGCUCAAGCUGCUACCAAUCCGUAUGAACAGUAUACGGCUGCGCAAUAUGCGGCAAUGACGCCGGAGCAGCAGUACGCGCUGCAGCAGCACUGGCAGCAGUGGCAGACCUACCAACAAGAGUACGCCAAGUGGCAUGCCCAGUAUGGAGAGCAGUACAAGCGGGAAAUGGCUGCUGCAGCAGCUGUCAGCACAGUGCCUACGCCUGCACCGGUUGCAGCGCCCAUUGGGCCAGUCGCUGCACCCGUGCCCUCGGCUGUGCCUGCAAUCGGGCCAGUUUAUCCGCCAACUCCCAUUGGUCCACAGCUGCCCAUCCAGCAACCCAUACAGCCAUACUUUGCACAGCCGCAAAUGCAGCCAGUGGCGCCACAAAUGCCACCGCCGCCCCAGUCGCAGACGCAGAUGCCUGGCAAGAUAAUGGCUCAGCCUCAGAUGUAUAAUCAGCCGCCUCCGCCACCGCCGCAGACCUACCAGCAGCAGCAGCAGCCGCCGAUGCACCAUCAGCAACAACCACCACCAAAUCAUUGGCAACAGCAACCGCCGCCGCCGGCUCGAUUCAAUCAAAUGCCGCCCGGAGGCUACAAUCAGCCGCCCACUUCUGGGGAACCCAAUAUGUUUCCCAAUCUACAGCAGCCGCCGCCGUCGUUCAUGCAGCCGCCUCCGCCUGUGGCGUCGUCUGCGGCCAAUCAAAUGGAUGCCAAUUGGUCAAAGGGACCACCAGGCAAGGGCAGUGGAAACAUGAGUGAAGCGGAGCCACGUCCGCGCUGGGAUGGGCCACCACCAGAUGUGGGACCGCAGCAACAGCAACAGCAGCAGCAGGGCGCAGCGCGCAAUAAUCGCUGGCAAGGCAAGGAACCCAGCAACAACAACAGCAACAAUAACAACAACAACAAUAAUAAUAACAAUAACGGCAACAACAACAACAAUCAAGGCCCUAAUAGGCCAGGUCAAUUCGGCAACCGGCGCAACUGGCAACAGACUUCUGGCAACAACAACAACAGCAACAACAACAUGAAUCGGAACAAUCCGUUCAGCAGUGCUCCACCAGGGCAUUUUGGGCCAGACGAUGGGGGUAAAGAUUCUACUGGAUCUGGGCCUUCCAACUCUGGUAACUUUGGUGUAUCGAACAGCAAUUACGGCGGAAACUUUGGCAAUAAUGGCACAGGCCAAGGACCAGGUGGUCCACCCAACUUUGGCAACAACAACAACAACAAUAACAAUAAUAACAAUAAUAAUCGUCGCAGCGGUCGAUGGGAGCCAAAUCGGUCGCAUCAAGGCGGCGGUAACUUUGGCCAUCCGAACAAUAGCUUCAAUGAUGACGGCUUCAAUCGAAACUUUAAUCAGCAGCAGGGCAAGCAGCAACAGCGUGCGCCGGACUUGGACGAGGCCAGCUUUGAUCGGCUGUUCGAUCAAUGGGAGAAGCAGUUCGAGGACUGGAAGCGUGCCAAUGCCAACCAUCCGGAUCGCGAUGAGUAUCGGCGCUAUGAGGAGGAGUUUGAGAAGCAGCGACGUCGGAUUGCCGAGCGCCGUGAGCAGAUGCGACGCCGACGUCAGGCGCAGAAUCCAAACCAACAAGGGCCACCAGAGGGACCACCACAAGGACCCCCAUUUCAUCGGGAACAACAGCAGGAGGCCGAUGGCCAUUACGAUGGGGAGCACUUCGAACGAACGCAGCAGACAAAUGCGCAACCGAAACCGGGCCUGAAGCAGGAAAACGACAUGGAGCCGCAGCAAGAGUCGGCCAAUGGUACAAAUCCAGAUGAGUCCCAUUACUACUCACCGCAAUCCGAAGCGGAUGGAAAAGCGAUGCCGUCGGGCUCACGCGCUAGCAAGGAGCCGCCAAAGUCGGCGGCUACCCAAAAGACGCCGCAGGACGUGGAGGCAGCGUCGACAACAACAGCAACAAAAACAACAACAACAACAACAACCACCACAACACAACCAAAUAAAGCUCAUCCACUGGGCAAGCGCAAGAAUAACGCUGGCGGCGGCAACACCUCGACGCCAGCCAAGCAGACCAAACAGGAGAAUAUUUUGAUCAUUUCACUGGACGACGAUGACGACGAGGCCGAGGCACAGAUCUCUUCGGGCAAGGGGGCAGACACAGCUGGCGACACGCCCAUGAAGAACAUAUUCAAGAAGAACGAUGGCAUACCGGGACUGGAUUUUAUUGCCGACGGAACUGCUGCGCCGCCGCCGCCGCCCACUGAAUCAGGGAAUUCAAAGGGCGCGGAUAACAAUAAGAAGAUACCAUCUCUGUUCGAUGUGGUCAUCGAUAAGCCGCGCAUAUCGCCUACCGAGCGCACUGCCAGCGAUGCGGAGAAGAAGGAACAACCAGCGUCUGUCAGCGAACCUCUGCCGGAUAAUGUUAGCCAUGUGCUCAAGGAUCCCGAGUUUAUGAACAAUUUGUCGCAGGCCCUUGCCCAGGCGCAGGGGCGAGAGCGUGACCAGCAGCAGGAUAAGGAGCAAGGACAGCAGAAGUCAAGCGAGAGCAACGAAAAUCCCAGCAACAACAACAAGGCCAACAGCAACAACAACAGCAAUGCCGACGGCGACGGACGCGCCCUGAGCUUUGCCGAGUGGCAGAGGAAGAAGAAUAAUCAGAGAGCUGGCUCGCAGGACGGACAGUCGCACAACAUGCCGGAUAAUGGCGGUCGUGAUAGUUUUGGACCCGGUUCAGGUCCAGGUCUAGGCCCAGGUCAGGGUCCGGGUCCGGAUCAAAGAGCACCCCAUGGAUUUGGACCUAAUAAUGGGCCGCCAUUUGGGCCUGCCGGUGCGCAGGUCAUGGGACCGAACUUCAUUGACUUUAAUGGGCCCAACGGUCCGCCCAAUGGACCCAACUUUGGAGGACCUAACUUUGGUGGUCGUCAAGGACCCGGACCAGGACCAUUCGGUGGCUGCCCUGGACCCAAUGGGCCAUUUGGACGUAAUUUUGGUCCGGGCGGACCAAAUAAUCCCAAUUUCAAUGGACCUGGACCCAAUUUCGGCCCCAAUUUCCGUGGCAAUGGGCCCGGCAACGGUCCCGGCCCGGGUCCAUUCCGACCAAAUUUCUGUGGACCGAAUGGACCCGGUCCAAACUUUGGCGGUCCCGGACCGUUCGGCGGACCAAACUCACCCGCAAACUUCGAUCGAAACUUUGGCCCACCAGGCCCCAAUCAUCCGAACUUCAAUGGCCCCCACAACAACAAAAACAACUUCAACGAAAAUCCAUUCAGACGCAAUAGUGGAGGACCAGCGCCCAACUUUGAUGAUGGACCCGGUUUCGGUCCACGUGGCAAGUCACAUCAAAAGAACUUUGGACAGCAGCGCAACAACUUUGGCAGCGGAGGAAACAACAACGACAACAAGCCUUGGCCUGACGGCGCGGAGCAAACCAAAGACGAGAUGCGAGCCGGCAGCAGCGAGUCCGUCUAUCGUCCGAUGCAAGUGUUUGACUAUCAGAACAGCAGCAACACCGCCGCCAAGGUCAUCGACUAUGGCCACAAGUCGGCCGAUGGGGCUGUCAAUCGGAUGGCUGCUGUUGACCCAGGACCAGGACCAGCACCAGGCCCAAGACCGGGACCAGGACCAGGAUCAGGACCAGGAUUGGGACCGGGACCGGGACCAGGACCAGGCCAAGCUCUGCCAGACUUUAGGCCGGGUGUUACCUUUGACUAUGGACAUGCUUCGGUAGCUGGACCAGCUAGUGCUAGGCCCCUCAAUCGGAAUGCUAACCAGAAGUGUGGCAACAACAACACCAACAACAAUAACAACAAUAACAAUAAUAAUAACAACAACAGCAACAGCAGCAAGAGGAAAAACAAAAGGAAGAAUAAGAAUCGUCAGCGUGCAAUGCAGCAGCAACAGCAGCAGCAACAGCAGCAACAACAACAGCAGCAACAACAACAACAACAACAGCAGCAUGUUGCGGACUCGUUUAUGAUGCCCGACCCUGAGUUGAAUGGCCAGCAGCUGGCCGUUGGCAAGCUCGAUGAUCUCGAGGACAUAUCCGAUGGCGAGGAUAAUCUAACGGAUUUAAUGCGCGCGGAAUCGCCACCACCGCCACCGCCGCCAAUGCUCAUCAGGCCGCCAGUUCAGGAGCAGGUGCCACCGAAAGCUUUUCCAGCCAAUCCACAGCGUCGCAUGCUGAGCGAACCACCCACCGCUCUGUUCCCAUCGACAGCAGCGGCCAAUCAACAUAUACCAGAGCCAACGGCAGAUGCCAGUUUGCUGGAAAUGAAUAUACCAACGCAUGAGCAUCGCAAUACCAUAUCCAUUGAUGAGGUGCUGCUGCCACCGGGUCGUCUGAUGCGUCCGAAACGCAUUUGCAUCAUAUUGCGUGGACCGCCGGGCUGUGGCAAGUCGUAUGUGGCACGACUGAUCAAGGAGAAGGAGCUGGAAAUGGGCGGCGCCAGUCCUCGCAUACUCAGCAUCGAUGAUUACUUCAUAAUUGAGAAUGACUACGAGGAGAAGUGCCCCAAGUCUGGCAAAAAGAUACCGAAGAAGGAGUUACUCUACGAGUAUGAUGAGGCCAUGGAGGAGACCUAUUUGCAAUAUCUGAUCAAAUCGUUCAAGAAGACACUUAGCGACAAUCUCUAUGACUUUGUUAUUGUUGACUGCAACAAUAAUUCGUUGCGUUCACUUAACGAGUUCUAUUGCAACGCUAAAGACUCGAAUUUUGUGCCCUACAUUGUGGACAUGCACUGCGAUGUGGAGACGUGCCUGGGACGUAACAGCCAUCAGCGUAGCGAGCACGAUAUACGUGCUGUGCUGGACAAUUGGUGCACUACGCCGAUGCAGUACAUUAAGCUGGAUGUCUCGUCACUGCUGGAGAACGUUGUUGAGAUGGAAGAUGUUGAGAACAUGGCAACGGAUGAUAAUGCCAAUAGUGCGGAGCCAGCAACCGAGGAGGGUGCCAGCGAUUCCCAAGCCGCUGCAGCUGCCGCUGCCCCCGAUGAGGACAGCAAUAGCGCUGAUGCGGCCAACGAUUGCGGCUUUCUGAAAAGCAAGUGGGAAAAUGAUACCACGGAGGAAAAUCUGGCCCGUCUCGAUGGCACGAAGCGCCUGAUGCACAAGCGCAAAGCCGCUAGCAUGGCUGACUAUUUGCAGCUGGAUGAAUGGGAGCCGCCCACAGGCAGCUCGAAUGGCAAGAAACGCGUACGCUGGGCGGACAUUGAGGAAAGGCGAGCCCAGAAAAAAAUGCGUGCGAUUGGCUUUGUGGUGGGGCAAACCGAUUGGAAGCGCAUGAUGGAUCCCAAUGCGGGAAAUCGUGCACUCAACAAAACCAAGUACAUUGAACGCGUGCACAAAAGGCGCUAAUCAGGCUGGAUCCAUUUCGAUCCGAUUUGGCAACGGGCGCCAACUGAGUGACAUGUCACAAAUGGAAUCGUCUAUGCCAUGCGACCUCAUCAAAUUGGAUUUAUAGCUUAAUUUUUUUUUUUAGUUUUUUUUUUUUUUUUAAGCUUUUUUGUUAAUUGCUGAUCGUAUUCUAGUUAGAUAGUUGGUUUUCAUUUGUUAACACAAUGCUCGCAUGCAUCCAAAUGUCGCGUGUCCCAGCGAACAAAUAGCAAACCAACAAUGCAAUCAUCUACCAUUUCCAAUACGAAUUGGGCUCAAUUUCCAACACAUCAUGCAUGCAUGACAAACAAGUAUGUAUUCUAUUAUUACAUAAUUACUAAUAAUAGGAUGUAGGCAAUUAUCAAUGAUGUCAAACUCCUUGACUUUAUGCAUUUACAGUCCCCACUGAACUCAGCUUAUUUAUACAAUUACAUUUUAUCUAUUGUGUGUGUAUUGUUUCUUUGUGUUGUUGUAACAAAUAUUUGUUUGUUUGUCUGUUUGUUUUUUCCUUUUUCUUUUUGAGUUAUGCUCUUUAAAAACCAUGCAUUCAAGCACUUCAAAAAGCAAACUAUUUAUAAGAAUAAAAAAAAAAAUUUAGUAUAAAUAUAUAAUGUAGUAUAAAUAUAAAAUGUAGUCUAAAUAUAUAUUAUUGUGUACAGCCUGAGACAAGCGAAAUCGAUGUGUAUAUUAGCAAAGUUUUAAAAUUAGAUGAUUAAGCAAUGUGAAGUCUUAUGUAAAAUACUAGAGUGUAUUACUGAAAUUAUCUAUAUACAUAUGUAUACAUAUUUUAAUUGUUAGCAUAUAACUAGAUGAAUUACUCUGAAUUACUGACACAUAUUGAAAUUAAAGUGCAACUUAAAAACAACAAAA